UCCCGACUUCGGAUAUAAACCAGGGCUCCAGGCGAAGUCCUCUCAUCGACAGGAUCACACAGCAACCAUGAGGUCUCUGGUCUUCGUUCUGCUCAUCGGAGCUGCCUUUGCCACCGAGGACGACAAGAUCGUCGGAGGGUAUGAGUGCACUCCUCACUCCCAGGCCCAUCAGGUGUCUCUGAACUCCGGCUACCACUUCUGUGGCGGCUCCCUGGUCAGCGCAAACUGGGUUGUGUCUGCUGCUCACUGCUACAAGUCCCGUGUUGAGGUGCGUCUCGGAGAGCACAACAUCAAGGUCACUGAGGGCAACGAGCAGUUCAUCAGCUCCUCCCGCGUCAUCCGCCACCCUAACUACACCUCUUACAACAUCAACAAUGACAUCAUGCUGAUCAAGCUGAGCGAGUCCGCCACCCUCAACCAGUACGUCCAGCCCGUGGCUCUGCCCACCAGCUGUGCUCCCGCUGGCACCAUGUGCACCGUCUCCGGCUGGGGCAACACCAUGAGCCCCACUGCUGACAAGAACAAGCUGCAGUGCCUGAACAUCCCCAUCCUGUCCAAGGAGGACUGUGAUAACUCCUACCCUGGCAUGAUCACCAACGCCAUGUUCUGCGCUGGAUACCUGGAGGGAGGCAAGGACUCUUGCCAGGGUGACUCUGGUGGCCCCGUCGUGUGCAACGGUGAGCUGCAGGGUGUUGUGUCCUGGGGCUACGGAUGUGCUGAGAAGGACCACCCCGGUGUCUACGCCAGGGUCUGCAUCUUCAACGACUGGCUGGAGCGCACCAUGGCCACGUACUAAGUGAUCUGAACGAGCAUGUUCAGUCAAACAGCUCAACAUCAUUUGCUGUUUAUGUUCCAUCUUUUGUACUGAACAUUAUGACAAAUAAACAGUUUAAAGCAAA